GUUUAAUUGUCAGAUUAGUGCGUACGGUUGUCGUCUUCUUGUCUUUACUUUAUUUCUCACUUAUGAUUUAACUCUGUAGGUAUUCUGUAUGGGUUCGGCAAAAGGCAAAGAAAAGGCUUUAGAUGAUGGUAUAAAGGCUCAAACAGGCAAGAAAAGGAAGAAAGGUGAAGGAUCGUCAUCUACUCGUGCAUCAAAGAAGAAAAAAAUCGGAAAAUCAUCGGGAUUGAAAAAUGUGGAAGAUCAGUCCAUGUCAAAUGAACCAAAGAGAAAGAGGGGCAAAAAAAAGGUUUUUGCAAAUCCAAAGAAUGUCAAAUGUAGAAGACGCGUUCUGCAGAGCAAGAAUGGUGUUCAGCCGAAGGAGAAAGCAGACCACCCGCAGCUGAAGACUCGUACAACAACUAGAGCCUUCUUCAAAAAAUUGGCUGAAUUGAACGAUGCACAGAAGGCUGCCGUCCGGGAUAUUGGUUUCGGACAGAUAUUGGGGUUUAAUGUGAAUAGGGUGCCAUCCAAAAUGGCAUAUUGGGUGCUGGACAGAUUCAACAAUAGGAAUUGCACACUUGAGAUUGACAAUUUGACCAAGGUUCAAAUUGAGGAAGAUGAUGUCUACAGGGUGUACGGAUUUCCCAAGGGAAAAAAGAUCAUUAGGGAAUAA